GCCUACGGCGAGCAAAACCGUCCAAGACGCGAAGUUUCGACUUUCGACAGACUGCCACUACAUGUCUGCCAGCGAAGCUGACGAGCGGCUACGUGCUCACCAAGCACGUCUCAUAAGUCCUCGGCUUGUGUCAUGCGGUGCUGACUGUUCGACUCUAUCGAGUGAGCCAUGGAAGUCAUAUCGAGGGUUCUCUCAGAGGCUAUCGUGCGGCCGCACCCUAGACUUUUGGGCCAUCUACAACGACCACAUCGACGUUCCCUUACGCGAUCAUCUUUCGGAAACAUUGAUUCCCUCUGUAGCAUGUGAGCUGAAUGAGGUGUACUCAACUGAACCAUUACCAGACGCCGAAUCACUGAGGCAAGCCAUACGGCGUGGGUUUGGGACUGAGAACAAUAGUCGGAUGGCCACCUUAUUGCGUCCUCGGCAAGAACUUCCUCAGCAUACGGCCCCAGACUCACAAAUCACACCAGCAGCUGCACCUCUUUCGGGUGCGAAACAAGCCCAGGAGGAAAUCAGCCAUAAGGCUAUAGAGUUGCAUACCGCACCACCCCCUCAAUUUCCAGGGGCUACGCGUGACUCCAAGAAGGAGCCCACCCGGCGAUGUGCUUUGCUGUUAGUCUACGGCCAUCAAGAUUGUGUUUUGCAUGUGGCAUCAACCGGUAAUUGUCGCGCAGUACUGGGUCGCCGCAGUAGGCGAAGGGGAGAAUCAUGGACGACCACGGUGAUCCCUGUGGACCAGCACUGCGUCAAUACCGCCGAGCAAAUGCACGCUAACUUUGUGCAUCCAGGAGGGUCGGGCCCCAAAAACUUGCCUAGAGCGCACAACUCGGAUGAUGAUGCCCGGACGAUUCCCAGACCGACUAUCUUGCAACUCACCCCUGAGCCACUGGUGACUAGUGUUGAGAUUGAGCCUGAAAGUGGAGAUUUCGUUGUAAUGGCCGCCUCGGGUAGACUCUGGGAGUGCUUAAGUGCCGCGGAAGUUGUAGCACUGGUAGGACGAUGGAUUGACGAGCCGGAGAACAUAGGGACUGAGGAGGGUCGACAAGGAUGGUCCAAGUACAUUAAGUUGGUGGGCUUGAGAACAGUGUCCAAUCGUGUCCUGACCUGCCAAGGAAAAUUGUCCCAAAGAACUUUGAACCUCGCGAGUCCAGAUGAAAGGUUCGUAAUGGAGGACGGAAAUGCCGCAUCUCAUCUUAUCCGGAAUGCUCUCGGAGGGAGGCUGCAGAGCCAGCCCUUGAGUGCUUGGUUCAGGUUUUCGCUUCUGCGUGGCAGGGGGUAUCCUGCUGACAUGACAGCCUCGGUUGUUUUCUUUGGUGGCAGACCCAGAGAUGUGGGUGCAAGGAUCAGAGGUCUGGCGGAACUAGCAGUUGGAUGCAGGGGUUUGAUUGCAAGGUUGCUCGUUGACAUCGCAAUGAGGUGUGCUGAAUUCGCUCAAGUAUUGGCUCUAGAAUUAUCUCCUUCAUCUCGUGUGUCCUUCCCUGACCGACUCAUUGUUCGUUAUACCAAUGGUGGUUUUGCUCUUGACGCUGAAUGGCCUUCAUACAUCCAUGCUGACGAGACGGGUUAUGCACGUCUAUACGUACCUGCCCCAAUCGAGGUGGUCCACACAACCCGAUUCUCGCUGGUUCAAUAG